GUAUUUAUUUUACUUUGAUGACUUUAGUUUGUAUACACUGUACCAAACAAGAGCAGGAAAAGAUACUUGUUUGUAUAAGUAUCAAGCACUUCAAGAAUCAAAGAAUCAAGCACCUUGUGUCUUCUGUACGUUGGCAGACGAGCAUUUGCACUUGCUAUUAAAACCUGCAGCAAAUUUAAAAGUGCAGAAUUUAGAAGCAUGAAACUAAAGAAACGUCCAAAAGGCAUUGCAAAGAAAAAAAAAAGACAUGUUGCAAAAAGCUGAAACAACUGAGUAAGCAUCAAAUACAUGAAGGAUGCAUAAUCAUAAAGACAUGUUAAAAAAAAGAAAAAGGCCAAGUGGAUGAGUAUAGAGGAAGAAGGGGACACUGAAGGGCAGGUGGGGUCAGCUGAAUGUAAGAGCCAGGUGAUGAGGACAGGUAAACACAGAGGGAAAGGUAGAAUGAGUAAAUAUAAAUAAAUACUGAAAAAAACAUUUAGCUAUCACUGCUGUAUCUGCAAAGACUGAUAUAGUCAGUCAGUAAAGAUACAUUUUUCCUUUUUAUUAUAUCUUGUGCAAAUUCUGAUGAACCUGCACACUUAAAAAAAACAGUCACUAAAGAUCUGAACGGUCAUUCCUCGGAAGUCUGGUGGCUGACCAGAAACAGAUAAAAGAACAAAAGUGAAAGUAAGAGACCCUAUCCUAUAAAAAGGGCGACCAGCCUGCACAUUUGCAGAGUCACUCCAGAGCAUCCAGAGCAUCACAAGAAAAGAUAUGGGAGGAGAAGAAUCCAAACCACCUUCUCCUCUUUUCAGUGAGCCAUGGAGGACUCUGCCGAUGAGCACUGAGGACAAUCUCAACUUUCUGAAAUCUUACCAACCUCGAAAGAAAGAAGUCAAACAUCUCAGGAUUCUGCUUCAUGGACCGGUCGGUGCCGGCAAGUCCAGUUUCAUAAACUCUGUUGAAAGUGUUUUGAGAGGCAUUGUUACAGAUCGAGCUGAGACGGAUGCGACCUCUGGGAGCAGCUUCACCCUAAAGUACAAAACAUACAAAAUUGAAAAAGAUCAAGAGAGCCCAUAUUCUAUUGUUUUCAACGACAUCAUGGGCCUUGAGAAUAACGCCGACAAUGGAGUCCAUGUGGAAGAUAUCAAACUGGCCCUGCGGGGACAUGUGAGAGAGGGUUACAAGUUCAAUCCUUAUGGCCCACUGACAGAGAAUAACCCGGGCUACAACUCCAACCCCUCUCUGGAUGACAAAGUCCACGUGCUGGUCUGUGUGGUUCCUGUCGACUCAGUCUCUCUGUUAGAUGACAAAGUCGUGCAGAAGUUAAGAGAAGUCAGACUAGCUGCCAGUGAUCUGGGAAUUCCCCAACUGGCCAUCCUCACCAAAGUUGAUGAAGCCUGUCCUGAGGUCAGAUCAAAUAUUCACAACUUGCACAAGAGCAAGUACCUGAAGGGACAGGUGGAAAAAUUCAGUGUGACGGUGGGAAUUCCCAUCAAGUCCAUCUUCCUGGUGAAGAACUACGAGUCAGAAAUCAACACGAGUGACGACAUCAGCAGGCCGAUUCUGACUGCACUGAAACAGAUGGUCACCUUCGGAGAAGACUACAUUAACGACAUGUAGACCGUCUCACUGCUGAGGCAGACUGUCUUUCCUCAGGCUGUUAAAUGCCUUUAUCAGUGUUUUAGCACCUCCUAGUGGUUGUUUUGUCAGAACAGGAAUUAGCUUGUUUAUACAGGAAGUUAAUUGUAAGGAGGCCAUUUUCUCUGCAUGCAGAUCCAGGAGCAGACGUAUGUCGCAUCUGCUACCAUCCUUUCAUUUAAGCUUGUGAAAGCAUCAUCUGUAAGUGUAUUCUGUUUUGUUACCUGAUAUUUAAAUCAUAUAUGUUCAUAUUUGUAAGGUAAAUGCUUUGAACCUUUUCAUAUGUGGUUAUUGGGAAAAUGAAACAUCUAAAGUUGAUAUCGGGUAAAAGGAGACAUAGAUUGUUAAGAGUAUAUUUUAUUUGAAGCGCAUCAUGCUUGAAUACGAAUACAUACAUGUCAUAAGACAUUUUUGAUUAGUUGGAAAUUCAUAUAGUAUAAAGCAGUAAGCUAAAGCUAACUUGUCAGUUGAAUAUUGAUUUCUUUUUUUAUAGUUCAUGUUUUCUACAGUUUCACUCUUGCUUCAUAAAUGUAUCUGCAACGACAUCUUAUUAAAAGUGACAACUAAGAUGAA